AGGCUGGGCCUCAUCCAUUCCGGUUUCACUUCCGCCAUUAAAACUAAAAUGGUGGCGCCAAAGCUCGACAACAAAGCGGCUAAUAUUCAACAAGCAACUUUUCAAACACUUUUCAUCUUUAGCGAUGUUUUAACCUCAACAAAGUACGAAAUAUCAAGUUAAAGACGACUCCCUUCCUGUCAACAUGUCUCCGAAAAACGAGCAACUUCUCAUCGUGUUGUCGAUCCUGCAAGGUCGUGACUUCCCCAAAUGCUCGCAGCUCAGCCUGGAGGUUCAGGCCAGCCUGGACGGUGAGCAGCUGACCACGGACCCGGUGGAGCACCUGGACCAGCCUCAGUUCAGCACGGAGCUAGCCUGGGAGCUGGACCGCAAGAUGCUGCACCAACACAGAUUGCAGAGGACUCCCAUCAAGCUUCAGUGUGUGACUGUGGACUCCAGCAGCGGCAGCAGGGAAAGUGUUGGCUACAUCGUCCUGGACCUCAGAUCUGUACAGGAAGUCCCUCAGGAGCCCCGCUGGUACUCCCUGCUGAGCAGCAAGUACACCAAGAAGAAGCCCUCGCUGCUCCUCAGCAUGGUGCUGGAGAACGACGGGAGGUCCACCCCCCCGCUCGCCACUCCUGACGCCAACAAAGCCAAGGGGGACUCGUCGGGACAAGUUGGGCCACAGGGCCAAGACCAGCAUCUAGACCGGCCCCCGGCCUCGCAGCAGCUGACAGACAAACUGGAGGCGGUCCUGGUGCCGGAGCAGGGCUACCAUCAGGUGGGACCGGCUGACGUGGCCGCCGACAUGUUCGUGCUGUCCGUCACCGUGGCCUUCGCCUGCAAGCUGGAACAGUUGAUCCCCAGCACCUUGAAGCUGUCCACCGAGGGCUCCAGCUUCUUCUUCUUCUACACUCUCCUGGGCAACGACAUCACCAGCGAGCCUUUCCAGAACCUUCUCACCCCGGACUUCCAGCCCGAGCGCGCGUCUGUGCGCAUCCGCAGCAGCGAGCACGUCCUGCGCCGCUUCCUGUCCCGGCAGCCAUCUUUACAAAUCCACCUGUGCUGCGGGACACAUUCGCUGGGCAGCGGCAGCGUUCCCCUGGCGACGCUGUCCGCACUGGCGGUGGAUCUGGACAAGAGGGCGGCCACAGUGGAGGGCGUGUUUGCUCUGCAGCCGCCCGCUGCCACCCUCAGUCGGCCGCUGCCGCCUCAGCCCGCCGACCUGCAGCCCAACGUGAGCGUGGCCGUCACCCUGCGCCAGGAGGACGUCACACCCGAGCUCCAGCCUUUAGCCAAUCAAGAAGGACAUAAGAUAAGCUCCGCCCCUCCGCCGUCCCUUCCUGUCAUAGUCCCUGCUGCUGAGGAACAACGGGCCGCUGGGCACGGGGACAAGGAGGAGGCGGCCAAAGAGACGACAGCGCGUCCAGGCCACAACAUGGAGGCUCAAACUGAAGCAGUGGGUGGAGCUUCAUCGUUCCUUGUCUCUGCUAGCCAAUUGUCCAUCCCCCCGUCUGCGCACCACUAUUGCUUCUCUUUGGACCUGUGCAGCCUGGGCAGCCUGGGCCUCACGCACCCCAUGGCCGCCACGCUCAGGUACUUGUAUCCCUUUUUUGGCAGCAAGUCUCCCGUCAUGACCAGCCACCCCGUGGAGCUGCACAGGAACAUGGAGGUGUCUCUGCCGCAGUCGUACUGCGCCUUCAACUUUGCCACCUUACCGCCGCAGCUACAGGACACCUUCCUCAGAGUGCCGCUGGUCCUGGAGCUUUGGCACAUGGAUGCUAGCAGCAGAGAGCAGCUGAUUGGUCGAGGCUCGCUGCAGUUGUCUCACCUGCUGGGCGCUGAGAGAAGUCCAUACCUGGCAGCCACAGGAGAGACGGGCUGGCGUCAAACUCACCAGGACAGGAUCCCCUUCUUCAGUCCUCAGAGUGAGAUAGUGGCAGAGUUGAGCUACAUGGCCACGCUGGACGACUUUGGACUGCUUCAUGUCAAAGAGAUACCUGCGCCACAGUCCACCCAGGUUCACGUCAAAGAGAUACCUGCGCCACAGUCCACCCAGGUUCACGUCAAAGAGAUACCUGCGCCACAGUCCACCCAGGUUCACGUCAAAGAGAUACCUGCGCCACAGUCCACCCAGAGUGAACAUGCAGCUCCUUUGCCAACACCUGCCCCGCCCCUUGUGUCAGCCCCGCCUCCUGUGUCAGCCCCGCCUCCUGUGUCAGCCCCGCCUCCUGUGUCAGCCCCGCCUCCUGUGUCAGCCCCCCCGUGCCCACGGGACACACAAGAGUACCACAAGGCUCUGGAGUUGGAACUGUGGAAGGAGAAGCAGGAGGACGACUUCAAUGAUCAGCUGAGGAGGAAGGAGUUGGUGCACAUGCAGGCGUUGGCAGAAGAGUGGAUGCGGCGUGAUGGUGAGAGAGAGGCGUGCGUCAAGAAGAAGGAGAUGGAGUGUGACCGUUUGGAAGAAAAACUUCAGUCAACUUUAGUUGAUCUGGAAAAGAAAGACAAAGAACUCACUGAGGACAAACUCAAGACCCAAAGGAUGCAGCGAGACCUUCUGGCCGAGCACAAGCUGAGCCAGCAGGAGUUUGAUGAGAAGAGCAGGAGGUUGCAGCUGGAGUGCGACCACCGGGUGGCGCUGGAGAAAGACAAAGUGCGACUGAUGGAGGACGAGCGAGCACGGCUCCUCAGGCAGUUGUCAGACGCAGAGAACCGCAUCAGACUUCAGGAGAAAGAGUUCCAAAAGUACAAAGAACAACAAAACGUCCGACCCGAAGUACGUCUGCAGUCUGAGAUCAACAUCCUGACUCUGGAGAAGGUGGAGUUGGAGAGGAAGUUGGAGUCCACCACCAAGUCCAAACUUCACUACAAGCAGCAGUGGGGCCGCGCCCUCAAAGAACUUGCACGCUUUAAAGAGACAAUUUGGCAGUACAUCCAACUGGCCUCACAACCGCAAACCAUGUGUUAUCACACCAGCCCAGGACCUCCACACCUCCAUGAUCGUCUGAGAGAACGGGAGCAGGAGAACGCCAUGACGCGUCUGCAGAAGCGUCAGGCGGAGCUGGACGGCAUGACGCUGCGUUUGCUAGCAACAGAGGAGAAGGAGGCGGUCCGACAGGACAGACAGGAACUGGGGGACAUCAGGAACCAAGUCAACAGGUUCAAGCAACAGGGGGACGGCUUAGACCCCGCCCCUUCCGUGACCGGACCCGCCCCCAAGCUGAGCCAGAGCGCCGACGAGCACCUGAGACGCCUGCUGGAGGAACGAGACACGCUGCUGAGGACGGGUGUGUACACGCACGACGACCGCAUCAUCACCCAGCUCAACCACCAGAUCCAGGACGCCAUGAUGGACACCACCUGACGGCCAAUCAGGUUAUAGGGUGUGUACACGCACGAUGACCUCAUCAUCACCCAGCUCAACCACCAGAUCCAGGACGCCAUGAUGGACACCACCUGACGGCCAAUCAGGUUAUAGGGUGUGUACACGCAUGAUGACCUCAUCAUCACCCAGCUCAACCACCAGAUCCAGGACGCCAUGAUGGACACCACCUGACGGCCAAUCAGGUUAUAGGGUGUGUACACGCACGAUGACCUCAUCAUCACCCAGCUCAACCACCAGAUCCAGGACGCCAUGAUGGACACCACCUGACGGCCAAUCAGGUUAUAGGGUGUGUACACGCACGAUGACCUCAUUAUCGCCCAGCUCAACCACCAGAUCCAGGACGCCAUGAUGGACACCACCUGACGGCCAAUCAGGUUAUAGGGUGUGUACACGCACGACGACCGCAUCAUCACCCAGCUCAACCACCAGAUCCAGGACGCCAUGAUGGACACCACCUGACGGCCAAUCAGGUUAUAGGGUGUGUACACGCACGAUGACCUCAUUAUCGCCCAGCUCAACCACCAGAUCCAGGACGCCAUGAUGGACACCACCUGACGGCCAAUCAGGUUAUAGGGUGUGUACACGCACGAUGACCUCAUCAUCACCCAGCUCAACCACCAGAUCCAGGACGCCAUGAUGGACACCACCUGACGGCCAAUCAGGUUAUAGGGUGUGUACACGCAUGACGACCUCAUCAUCACCCAGCUCAACCACCAGAUCCAGGACGCCAUGAUGGACACCACCUGACGGCCAAUCAGGUUAUAGGGUGUGUACACGCACGACGACCGCAUCAUCACCCAGCUCAACCACCAGAUCCAGGACGCCAUGAUGGACACCACCUGACGGCCAAUCAGGUUAUAGGGUGUGUACACGCACGAUGACCUCAUUAUCGCCCAGCUCAACCACCAGAUCCAGGACGCCAUGAUGGACACCACCUGACGGCCAAUCAGGUUAUAGGGUGUGUACACGCACGAUGACCUCAUCAUCACCCAGCUCAACCACCAGAUCCAGGACGCCAUGAUGGACACCACCUGACGGCCAAUCAGGUUAUAGGGUGUGUACACGCAUGAUGACCUCAUCAUCACCCAGCUCAACCACCAGAUCCAGGACGCCAUGAUGGACACCACCUGACGGCCAAUCAGGUUAUAGGGUGUGUACACGCACGACGACCGCAUCAUCACCCAGCUCAACCACCAGAUCCAGGACGCCAUGAUGGACACCACCUGACGGCCAAUCAGGUUAUAGGGUGUGUACACGCACGAUGACCUCAUUAUCGCCCAGCUCAACCACCAGAUCCAGGACGCCAUGAAGGACACCACCUGACGGCCAAUCAGGUUAUAGGGUGUGUACACGCACGAUGACCUCAUUAUCGCCCAGCUCAACCACCAGAUCCAGGACGCCAUGAUGGACACCACCUGACGGCCAAUCAGGUUAUAGGGUGUGUACACGCACGAUGACCGCAUCAUCACCCAGCUCAACCACCAGAUCCAGGACGCCAUGAUGGACACCACCUGACGGCCAAUCAGGUUAUAGGGUGUGUACACGCACGACGACCGCAUCAUCACCCAGCUCAACCACCAGAUCCAGGACGCCAUGAUGGACACCACCUGACGGCCAAUCAGGUUAUAGGGUGUGUACACGCACGAUGACCUCAUCAUCACCCAGCUCAACCACCAGAUCCAGGACGCCAUGAUGGACACCACCUGACGGCCAAUCAGGUUAUAGGGUGUGUACACGCACGAUGACCUCAUCAUCACCCAGCUCAACCACCAGAUCCAGGACGCCAUGAUGGACACCACCUGACGGCCAAUCAGGUUAUAGGGUGUGUACACGCACGACGACCUCAUCAUCACCCAGCUCAACCACCAGAUCCAGGACGCCAUGAUGGACACCACCUGACGGCCAAUCAGGUUAGGACGUGAACAGACAUGUUUGUUAGCACUUUAGCAACUAUGUUAGCUACAUGAGGCUGAGACAAAACCACCAUCUUUCUUAGACUCUUGAUAUUUAUUUAUUUCUUUAUCCUGGUAUGCAUCACACCAGUCAUAAUAACAAUUAUCAUUCUUGUGUGUUUUCUAAUAAAAUGUCAGCUUUUCUUCACGUUUUAUUGUCAACUCAUGCAAACGUGAGCAUCAACGUCCCGUCAAGUAAACAGGAAGUGGGUAAAAACGUCAACACAAACACGUUACCAUG